UGGCAUACGAGGGGAUUCCACGAACAUUCUACGCAUGUACAAUGUGUAUCUCUCAUAUUUUCGUAUUUCUAUACUGUUUCCUUUGUUUUAGUCUUCGACUGUACGCCUUCGGAGGACGUUGACAAUCUAUCUCCGCGAGAGGACUUAGAAAUUUUCACAGGAUGGCAUAGGAGGCGUACCCACGAAGACUUUACGCAAGUAGAAUGUAGUAUCUUUCACAUUUUCGAAAUGCUGUACUAUUUUUUUUGUUUCAGACAUCAUUCUGUGCUUUCGGAGGGCCUUGAAAAUCUAUCUCCGCGAGAGGACUUAGAAAUUUUCACAGAAUGGCAUAGGAGGGGAUUCCACGAACAUUCUACGCAAGUCCAAUGUGUAUCUCUCAUAUUUUCGUAUUUCUAUACUGUUUCCUUUGUUUUAGUCUUCGACUGUACGCCUUCGGAGGACGUUGACAAUCUAUCUCCGCGAGAGGACUUAGAAAUUUUCACAGGAUGGCAUAGGAGGGGAUUCCACGAACAUUCUACGCAAGUACAAUGUAGUGUCUUUCACAUUUUCGAAAUGCUAUACUAUUUUUUUUGUUUCAGACAUCAUUCUGUGCUUUCGGAGGGCCUUGAAAAUCUAUCUCCGCGAGAGGACUUAGAAAUUUUCUCAGGAUGGCAUAGAAGGAGUACCCACGAUGACUUUACGCAAGUAGAAUGUAGUAUCUUUCACAUUUUCGAAAUGCUGUACUAUUUUUUUUGUUUCAGACAUCAUUCUGUGCUUUCGGAGGGCCUUGAAAAUCUAUCUCCGCGAGAGGACUUAGAAAUUUUCACAGAAUGGCAUAGGAGGGGAUUCCACGAACAUUCUACGCAAGUCCAAUGUGUAUCUCUCAUAUUUUCGUAUUUCUAUACUGUUUCCUUUGUUUUAGUCUUCGACUGUACGCCUUCGGAGGACGUUGACAAUCUAUCUCCGCGUGAGGACUUAGAAAUUUUCACAGGAUGGCAUAGGAGGCGUACCCACGAAGACUUUACGCAAGUAGAAUGUAGUAUCUUUCACAUUUUCGAAAUGCUAUACUAUUUUUUUUGUUUCAGACAUCAUUCUGUGCUUUCGGAGGGCCUUGAAAAUCUAUCUCCGCGAGAGGACUUAGAAAUUUUCACAGAAUGGCAUAGGAGGGGAUUCCACGAACAUUCUACGCAAACAUCAUUCUGUGCUUUCGGAGGGCCUUGAAAAUCUAUCUCCGCGAGAGGACUUAGAAAUUUUCUCAGGAUGGCAUAGAAGGAGUACCCACGAUGACUUUACGCAAGUAGAAUGUAGUAUCUUUCACAUUUUCGAAAUGCUGUACUAUUUUUUUUGUUUCAGACAUCAUUCUGUGCUUUCGGAGGGCCUUGAAAAUCUAUCUCCGCGAGAGGACUUAGAAAUUUUCUCAGGAUGGCAUAGAAGGAGUACCCACGAUGACUUUACGCAAGUAGAAUGUAGUAUCUUUCACAUUUUCGAAAUGCUGUACUAUUUUUUUUGUUUCAGACAUCAUUCUGUGCUUUCGGAGGGCCUUGAAAAUCUAUCUCCGCGAGAGGACUUAGAAAUUUUCACAGAAUGGCAUAGGAGGGGAUUCCACGAACAUUCUACGCUAGUACAAUGUGUAUCUCUCAUACCACAAGGAAAGGGACUUAGAAAUUUCUGUGCCUUCCGGGGACUUUGACAAUCUACCACCAGGAAGGGACUUAGAAAUUUCUGUGCCUUCCGGGGACUUGACAAUCUACCACCAGGAAGGGACUUAGAAAUUUCUGUGCCUUCCGGGGACUUUGACAAUCUACCACCAGGAAGGGACUUAGAAAUUUCUGUGCCUUCCGGGGACUUUGACAAUCUACCACCAGGAAGGGACUUAGAAAUUUCUGUGCCUUCCGGGGACUUGACAAUCUACCACCAGGAAGGGACUUAGAAAUUUCUGUGCCUUCCGGGGACUUUGACAAUCUACCACCAGGAAGGGACUUAGAAAUUUCUGUGCCUUCCGGGGACUUUGACAAUCUACCACCAGGAAGGGACUUAGAAAUUUCUGUGCCUUCCGGGGACUUUGACAAUCUACCACCAGGAAGGGACUUAGAAAUUUCUGU